AUGCAAAGUAACGUGGAAAAAGGGAACGAGGUGCAUGGGAGUCCACGACCAAUUGAUCGUCAUCGGAUCGCAUCAAUCGAACGUUUGAGUGGACAGAUGGGAGGUGACACCAUAUCGCCGUCCCAGCAAAAUGGUCCCAAACGGCGCAAGUUGAACUUCUUUCCUGAUAAGGUUAUUUCUGCCUCGUUUGACUGGUCCUUUGAAUCUGACACGGAUCUAGAACUUAACCUUCCACCCCCACCACCGCUACCCUUGCAGUUAAAUUUGAGCCCUCAAGAGGAACGUCCGAAAAAUUUAACCGAUCACUCUGAAGAGGAUGAUGACGAGGACUACGAUGAUGAAGCUGGUCCUUCAGGAAAACUCGAAUUUCGUAUCCGCAAUAUCAGUAAGAUUUAUACAAAGAAUGUAAACGAGGACGUCAGGAUUGUUAGUCCCAAGGCGACUAUCAUUCGUUGUUUGCCCUGGCGGAUUCUCUUUUUCCUCCGUGGCUGCCAAGGGGGAAAUCGUCCUGUCGGGUUUUUUCUCCAAUGUAACGCUGAGUGCGAUUUGCCAACCUGGACCUGCCAUGCUCGGGCCAAGCUCACUAUCGUUGCUCAGCAACCAGGUGCCGAGUCCCUUACCAAAUCCAUCGACCAUACCUUUUGCUUAAAGGAGAACGACUGGGGCUUCUCUUCCUUCAUCUCCUGGUCUGAACUUUUGGAUCCAGAACGCGGAUUGGUCCUUCCACCUGUAGCAGACGAAUGUGAAGGGGGGCCACUAGAGCCCCCAAUUACAGAGGAAGAAGAAAAAGGAGUCUCAUUAUCACGGUCUCUUACUAGGUCGUGUUCAUUCUCAGAUAUCUCGUCUAAUGGAUCACCAUCAAGGAGGUAUCGGCGCUCAUCCUCUCUCCCCCGUAGCUGCUCUACGACUUUUAGUUCUCCAAUGCAGCUGCAAUCGCCACCUGUGAAAAAGGCAGCUCAGUCCUUAGAGCGUGAUACCCUAGUUCUUCGGAUUCAAGUUUAUGCGGACGCCCCACAUGGUGCAGACUGGGAUUCGAAGAAGUUCACGGGCUUCGUAGGUCUGCGCAAUCAGGGUGCCACCUGCUACAUGAAUUCUCUGCUACAGGCCCUUUUCUUCACCAAUGAAUUGCGUCGCGCUGUCUUUCUGAUGCCUACAGAAAGUGAUGACGCGAGCACCAGCAUUCCACUUGCCCUUCAGCGCGUAUUUUACGAGUUACAGUUCAAUGAGCGCGCUGUGGGCACAAAACGGCUUACACGCAGUUUUGGUUGGGAGUCUUUUGAGUCUCUAAUGCAGCAUGACGUGCAGGAGCUUUGCCGCGUCCUGCUGGAUAACAUGGAGAACAAAAUGAAGGGGACUUCGGUGGAGGAGACGAUACCUGGUCUGUUUCGUGGAAAAAUGCUUUCUUAUAUUCGUUGCAAACACGUGCCUUAUGAGUCAAAACGAGAGGAGAAUUUCUACGACAUUCAGUUGAAGGUUAAGGGAAAUCGGGACAUCUAUCAAGCGUUUAAAGAGUACACGACCGUUGAAACUCUGGGUGGUGAAAACAAGUAUGACGCCGGCGAAUACGGUUUACAGGAAGCAGAAAAAGGUGUCAUCUUCACAAGCUUCCCUCCCGUUCUCUACUUACAAUUGAUGCGCUUCCAGUAUGACUGCAUAACAAACGCCAAUAUCAAGGUGAAUGACCGUUUUGAGUUCCCCUAUCGCCUCCACCUGGAUCCUUUUCUCAGAUCGACGGAUCCUGGUGAUCCUGCUACCUACAUUCUUCAUGCUGUCCUGGUGCAUUCGGGUGACAAUCACAGCGGUCACUAUGUCGUCUACAUCAACCCCUACGGCAAUAACCGGUGGUACAAGUUUGAUGAUGACGUUGUAUCAAGGUCCACUCCUAGGGAGGCCAUUGACUUGAACUACGGCACCUCAGAUGACGAGCAUGGCAGCCUAUACAAGAGUUGUACUAGUGCUUAUAUGCUAGUGUAUAUCCGAGAGUCCUCCUUGCCGCAAGUCCUCAAACCUGUGUCGACGGCGGACAUCCCUGACAGCCUAUUAACCCGUCUCAAGGAGGAGCGGCGUGUCGAGGCGGACCAUCGCAGAGCUAAAGCGGAGUCGCAUCUCUACGCCUGUAUUCUCCUCGUUCUUGAUGAAGACUUCUACGGUUGGCAGGGUUUUGAUGUUUGUGACUUCGAAACACUACCUACACGUCGGCUCAAUGUCCCAAAAACGUCCACGUUGCCAGAACUUAUAUCCAUCGUAGCCUCACACUUGCGAACUGAUCCCUCGCUCAUUCGUCUCUGGAGGGUCAUAACCAGGCGAUCCGGGAUGCUUCGCUUCACUCCACUAUUACCUCCGCAGAAAGCCCCUGUACAGAAGCCUUCUUCGCCCCUCCCCACCACAGAGGACCCGAUGGCCGCCCUUGCAGCUCUAACCAAUUCCUACCAACAUCAAACUAAGUCCCCCUCGAAGGUCUCCCGUUUACCAACUGGAAUUGGCGACGAUUGCACAUCUCUACCUGUUCCUCUCCUUCCGGCUUCUGGUCCAAUGGCUGUUUGGGUUCAAACUCUUCCUCCACUACCUCACCUCAUCUCCUCCACCUUCGCUCCACGGAACGAAGUUCUCUGUUUCCUCAAAUAUUUCUUCCCUCCUCCCACUAACACCCUUACCGCACCACCAUUUCUCACCAACCCUCAAAUGGGGACUCUCAUCUUCGUCGGUUGGAUCAUUAUUCAGUUGGAUGCACCUCUAAACUCUAUUCUUUCCGAACUGCGCUCGCGUGCAUCCCUUCCAGCGGAUAGCUCCAUUCUCCUUUUCGAGGAGAAUGGUUUGAAGGAGCUGCGCUCAUUGACGCAUCACCUUGAAACCUCGACUGUCCGAAUGGGGUUAGGUACUGAUGAUGGGACGGAAACUUUCAUCCUCGUCUAUCAACUAAAACCCCAGGCUGUUGAAGAGCUAGAUGCGGAGGCGAGGGAACUGGAAGUAGAGAGCGUGGGUGAUAGCGAUGAUGCAGCUGCUGAAGAAUCAAAGUUAUUACCCUCUUCCGUCUCUAUCGUGGCGCCCAAAGGCUCUCUUAUCUUAACAAAGCGAAAACCAAUCGCACGUCCUAGGCUUACUGCUAUGAAACUUCUGACCCGCAGCAAGCGAAUGAUGCGGUGUCGGUCUUAUCCAGUUACAGGGGCUCAAGGAAUUCGAGGCAAUUUCAAUUGCGCUGCGGGUGUGGGCAGAAAGCAACCUGCCUCAAAAGCUUCGCCGACAGUGUUAACACCUCUCAGAAGUAGUCUGUACUCACCGUUUUUCGUUAAGGGUUUCUAUCAUGAACUGCUCACUCGUGUUUCAGUUGAGUUUUACGAAUUGGUUUUCCCAUGGCAUAUGCUUCCUGGCUUGCGUUGCGUUGAACCUGCAGCAGCAAUAGCUUUUCCUCCCCCAAUAGGAGAACGAAUUCUCCUACCAGGUGUACCACUCAGUGGCGGCAGUAGAACAUUCAAGACUAGUCUUCUUCUUGAGCAAGUCAUAUCCUCUAUUCAGGGACCGGCUUUCACUGGCCUCAUCUCGCCAAACGAAAGCUACAAUCAUCUUGUGGCCCUGGUGGCGAGUCAUUUUUCAGCACCAGCCAGCUGUAUACAGCUUUUCACAGUUUCAUCUGGUCCAACUGUGAGUGGGGAGCGAGAGUUUUCGGCGAUUCCAUCCUCGUUGGAAUGGAAGGCAAAGGAUAUAUUUGUGCAGCAUUCGCCCUCUCCGCCGCGGCACAAAAGUAAUCACGGGUCUGCACGGAAGCUUACUCCAUCUGUCCAGAUUUUCUUUCAGCGUCUUUCGAUUCCUACCGAGCGUUUGGAGCGCAUGUGUCAAUUGAGAUGCGUCUUCGUUGACAGCAGAAAGGUACGAGAAGUAGUGCGUCUCCUCCUCAUUGUUCCACACCAGUGGACAGUGAGUCGAGUUCUCCAGUUGGCCAAGAAAGAGCUCAUUUCUAUUGGCUGUCUCUCAGACCUUAAUGAGGUCACAUCUGAUUCUCCCGAAGAGACCGUAUCACCACAACCACCGGUUCUCAGAAUGUUUGAAACGCUCAAUGCGUGGAUCAUUCAACAAUAUCCAGCAGAUGAAAUUGCUGCGAGGCUUCAAUUGUUGGAAAAUCGUCUUUUACGGAUAGAAGUAAUGCCACCUGAGGAGCAGGAGUUCUUCGCUGCCUACGAAGGAGAGUCGGACACCUCCUUGCUCCUGUCGGGCGUGGAAGGUGAGACUUUGCGCAUUCCUAGCUUUCCUCUUGCUCCCUCCUCAAUCGCUUCAUCAUCUGUGCCCACUCCAAUGGGCGCUGCAAGAGGCGAAGAUGGGGAUGAGGAGGAGGAUGAGGAAGAUGACUACGACGUAAAUAUUGAGGAAGAAGAUGACGAGGACGAGGAAGAAGAAGAGGAGGAAGAGGAAGUUGACACACCGAGUAAUGCAGGGCGUGGGGAAGACCAGGAAGAAGACGAUGAAGAGGAGGUUGAUGAUGGAUCUAGCAGCGGUGUUGCCGAUCCCAACAACUUGAGUCUUAUUUGCAAUGCGGACGAGGAGGAGGACGAAGGAGGCGAUGAUGAAAACGACCCUCUCAAGUUCCUGGAACGCGAUUCGGAAGAGGAAAGUGAAAUGCAAGUUCCGCAACGUCUGGUGCGUUCUGCGGAUGCUUCAGUCCACGUUUCUGACAGGGCGGAAGAUGAAACUAUGGACUCAUGUGAUCGUGAACACGAUGAUGGGGCAGAGUCUUUAGGUCUCGAAAUUUCUUCUCCCUCCAGCACUCCCGUUCAUGAUUCCCUGGCUCCCGACGAAGCAUCCACUCUACCCGUCGUUUGCAGUCUCUUCUAUCGCGACACUGGUAGCGGAGCCAUCUCUACCGGUCUCAUCCCCUUUACUAUGGUCUUGCGCCAUAAUGAACCUGUUUCUAGUCUCCUCGAUCGCAUUCGUCUUCAUCUGGGUCUCCGUUCGGAGAUUGUGGAGAAGUGGCGUCUUGCAGUCCUCUCCGGGCCCAUAUCUCCCAACUCCGCAACCAUGGUACCAUUGGCACCGACUCAGGAAAGUCUUCUACGAAUGCGCUCCUCUUUCAAAUAUAUUACAACGCUGGCAGGUGCAGAGGAGGCUCGGGUCGACUUAACAGCUUUUAUGCCGGCACCGUUUCUUCGACGGUGCGGGGAGAAGAAAGCACUGCUUUUCUUCGGUCUGCGACCGUGGCUAGGCAUUGAGAUGCCCAUGUCCCCGAUGAUUCCCCACAAGGGUGUUCCUGCGACGCUGCUGACCACCUCCAAUCUGCAUCCUCAGCAUGCUGGUGUGGGGGCUGCAAAAAGGAAGCCGAAUCCUUCUGGUGGAAAAUAUGUGCUUUCAGAGAAACCGAUUCGUAUUUGGAAUUAA